UAUUCUUGACAAUUUAGAGAAUGUACAUGUUAGGUGUUGGAUUAGUGCAAUUGAUUAAAUAUAUAUAGAAGAAAUAAUUUGCUUAAAGAACAGUAUAAUGCAUUACCUCAUUGCCUUCAUAUUGUUUGUAACUACACUUGUACCAGUAAUGUGUCGUAAAGAUGAAAUUUUUUGGUACUUACAGAGGAGACCAAUUAUUCUCGGAGAUGAUGUUCAUUUGAUAUGUAACAUAACUUGCUGCCAAAAAAAUAAUUCCAUUGCAGCAUGGUCAACUGAAAACGGAGUUAAGAAAAGUUUAUCUUAUAACAUAUUACCAAAAGAUAAUUCUAAAUACGACAUUUUAACCAGUGGAAAUGGAUGUCAACUAGUUAUUAAAGAUUUUCAGUUGGAAGAUGCAAAUAAGAAUUACACUUGCACAUACGAUUUCCUUAGAUACAGUAAAAACCUGACGUUAAAUCAUCAUUCGUUUGAAUACCAGCCAACGCAAGAUUUAAUUCAAAUCACCGAAAAAACAAAUGAUGGAUUUUAUCAAACAUCAGUUAAUAUCUCAAAAGCAUAUCCUCAGCCACAUUGUUGUGCGUUUUUCAAUGAUGACAACAUCACAUCUACCAUGCAAAUAGAGUCCGACAGGAUAGGCAGUUUCUAUGUAACUCGUUUAAAUAUAAAGUUCUCUUUAACUGCUGGUACCUUCAAUCUUACGUGUUCUGUAGGAUCAAAACUUCAUACACUGGCAAACAAGGAAUUUUUCAACAUUGACAAAGAUGCUAACCAGACCGGUACAACUGUGUUCAUCGUCAUACUCGUUGUUGUUGUCCUUGUGCUACUUGGACUUCUAAUCAAACGAUCCGGGUCGUGUAGUAAAGUAAAAGAAUUUCAAUUAGUUGCAGUUAAAGAAAUUACCACAAACCAGGAAAACACAUGCGUCAAACCUCCGUUAAAUAGACGAUCAAAAAUAUGUAAUGCCAAAUGUGAAGAAACUAAAAGCCUCUUGUAUGACAUUGACAUAAAAGCACUCUGUGGACGAAGCGUUGAUUCUUUGCCCAAACGAGUUAAACAAAUCAAAAUAGCACGAAAACGACGUGACACAGAAUAGUAGUGUUAUAUCUGUUUCAAUUGGAGAGAUGAAUUUACUUCAUGAACCAGGUUAUUUUCUAAACAAUUUAUUACUGAUCUCAAACUGCAAUAUACAUUUAUCAUGAGUAUUAUUUUUUUUUCUAAAAAAAAAACAACGUUGAAAACAGACUUAAUUGGGACGUACAAAAUAAAAUAUAAUAAACAGCCGCACCAUGAGCGCAUGAUACGCCUGUCAUCUUGUAUGGAAGUGUUAUGCAAUAAUCAUAAAUAGUUUCUGAGAAAGUUUAAAGCAAUAACCAUACAUUGUUUUUGAGGUAAGGUGAUACAUGUGAAACCCUUCUUUUUUUUUGUAAAAAACUCGAUAUCAAUAAAACUUAAAAUCAAACAGAUCUUUAGAUUGAUAUAACAAAGAAGUGUGUUAUGUUUAAAUAAUAAAUUGUUUUUGAGAUACGGUGCAACAUAUAAAAAAUCCCUCCCCUUUUUUACAAAAUACUCAAUAACUCAAAAAUAAAAUUUUGAAUCAUCACCAAUAAGUAUACAGAUCUUUAAAUUAGAUAAAAAAGAAGUGUUUAAAGUUUUAAGCAAUUAUCAUAAAUCGUCUUGAGAUACAAUGCGACAUGUAAAAACACCCUCCUCCUUUUUUACAAAAUACUCAAUAACUAAAAAAAUAAAUUUUGAAUCCUCACCAAAAAGUAUAAAGAUCUUAAGAGUAAUAUAACAAAGAAGUGUAUAAAGUUUUAAGCAUUAAUCAAACAACGUUUUUGAGAUACGAUGCGACAUGUGAAAAAAACACACCCCUGUUUUAGUUAAAAAGUGCCGUAACUCAAAAGUUUUAAUCUUAUUUUCACCAAAAAGAAUACAGAUCAUUUGACCAUCUUAAGAAACAAGUAUAUUAAAUUUCAAGAAAUUUGGAUAAUUCUUUCUCAACGGAGAGACAGAUAGACAGACAGACAGACAGACAGACAGACAGACAGACAGACAGACAGACGGACAGACAGACGAACGGACGCCCGACACUUGUAUACCAUAAUACAUCCCGUCAAAAUUUUGACUGGCGUAUAAAAACUAGUAAACGCUUACCAAAAUAUAAUUGUUUGAUUUUCAAUGAUUUAAGCAAUGCUAAAUGUUUAAGCCAACAUGAACAAGUGAUAAGUAUACAUGGUAUGCUGAAGUUUCUUAUUGACCACAUAUUUGUAAAAUAGGGUUGUAUACUUUCAAUAAAAAAAGUUGUCACUUCUAUUGAAACGAAGUAUGUAUUUCUAUUUGUCGAUCUGAUCUCAAUUUUAUACUUGCACCAGAGAUCUUUUAAAAACAGUUUAUUGAUAGAUACCGAAACCAUGUAGACCAUCAAGGUCUUGAAGUAAAGGGUCUGCGAACUGAUGUUGUUUAUCAUUUUAUUUACGUGUUUUAAUGUUCUUUUUAUUUAUUUGUGUAUAUAUUUUAACCCUUUACUGAUUUAUCUCAUUUUGGUAAUACAAUUUAUAUGUAUUUAUAUAUCCUUUCAUUGUGUUAAUGAGGCAUUGUAUUGUUUGUAAAAUAGUCUUUUAUACUUUGUGUUUGUAAUUUAUCCAUAGGGUCUCAUUUUUUUAUUUUGAAUGUCUCUGUUGAAAUAGUAAUUUGUUUUUAUACUGAAUAAUAUUAUAACCAAAUAUUGACUACCCUUUAUUAAAUACAUUUUAACCUAUAUUGGCUAUUUGUUUUAUUUACACAUUUUUGUUGAUAUAAUCAAAUUUUAUAUUACUGUCAUACAAGUGAGAGAUUAAGCUAGCCAUUCAAUACGAUUUUAUUCACCGUUUGCCACAUAAAAACAGGUAAAACAUGUAACAGUUGUUUUCCAUUUGUGCCAGUGUUUUGUCUCUAAUUUUGCCAUCUGAUACUUUGCUUUCCGUUAUGAAUUUUUCGUGGUGAUCAAUUUUUUGUAAUGUUUUUCAUUUUAGAAGAACAUUUCUUUAGUUUUUGUAGUAUUAUAUAUCUUCUUUCUGAAAAUAAAUCUAGAAAAGGUUUUCGGACGCACAAUAUUUUUAUUGUUAUUUUUUUUUAUAGUUUUUUUUUAUUUGUUUUGUCAUAUUAACGAUGUCCUUGAUAACGAUUUGAUCUUCAUUUUGUUUAUGGGAUACUAUUUUUUUUUAACUCAUUCGGUGUUGAAGAGCAUGCAACUGCCACUUUUAUUUUAUUUAAAAGUAAAAUCACAACUCCUGAACCCCGAGGAAAAUUCAAAACGGAAAGUCCCAAUACAAAUAGCAAUAUCAAGAGAUAAAACACGUCAAACGAAUGGACAAAACUCUCAUAUUCCGGACUUCUUAUGCAGAAAAUUGAACCUGGUUUUAAAGCGCUAGUCUUCUCACUUGCAUGCUAGUGGCAUCAAAUUUCAUUAUAUUGACAACUAAAUUUAUGCGUGAACAAAUGUUAAAUGUUACCAGUGUCUGAGCAGAAAGUUAAUGAACCAAGAUUUUGUCAAAGAACGGCUCGUCGUGUUUCUAAGUAAGUUCAUUGGAUACAUUUGUUGAUAAAUAUUCCGUAUCUACUUCAAAAACAAUACAUAAUGGUCUUGAAGUAUUGAUUCUAUGUACUGAUAUUUUUAAUCGUCUUAACUAAUUGUUAUAUUGUUCUUUUAUUUGUUUUUGAAAAUGUAUAUUAAACUAACUGUUAAUUGUUUUUUUGGGUAAUAUCCCGUUGGCAUGGCUCAGUACUUCUACAUCCUAUCCUUUUGUAUGUGUGCUUAGGUACAUAUUUGUAUCCGUGUUUGUUAUAUUUACUUUUUUGCAUUGUCUAAAUAUCCUUUUUUUCUUGGUAACAUGUAUAUAUAAGUUUGUAUAGUGAUGAAGAAUAUAAUUCAAUGAUGACUGGAGUAUACUCCUAUUUAUUUUUUACAUUUUUACCUAUUUUGUUUGUUUGUUUGAUCAACAUAUCAAUAUAAUUGCAACUCUGAUAUACAAGUGCGAAUUUAGGCAGGUAUAAAAGCAGGUUUAAAUUUAGACUUUUCUACAGAAGGAAAAGCCUGUAUGACAUUUUUCUUAUAUAUUUGAGGUUUUGAUUUUGCAAGUUGAUGAAUGACGUUCCUUUUAAAUUUUUCUUGGGGUUAUGAUUUUUUGUUAUUUUACUUGUUUUUACAUUUAAACCGUUUCUAUACAUAUAUUUUGUUGUUUGAGAUCUCUGAAAACUCUCCUCAGAGUUCAAGAUUUUAAGUAUGCACAAAUAAACUUUUCAAUAAAACAUGUACAAGUACAUCGAAUAGAUUUUGUGUAAGUAAGUGUUUGAAUACUUUAC